GAGUAGUGUCAGUCGGUUGGUCGCCGUGGCCGGUUGAGAAAUGGCGUGCCGUCGGGUUCUUAACUUGUUCGUUCUGUUAGCUGCGGUUGUUGUGAUUCUUCAGAAUAAUCCAGUCGCCGAAGCCGCCGCUCGAAAUGGAGCAGCAAUCAUAACAAAGCGGGACGGCCUGUUUCCGCUGACGUUGAUCCAUUGGAACGAUUUCCACGCGCGGUUCGAGGAAACAAACGUCCUGUCCACUCGAUGCAACCGUGACGAGGGGGAACGCUGCAUUGGGGGCUAUGCCCGGGUUGUUGCUGCGGUUAGAAGUUUAACGGUUCAGUAUAAGGAGAAGAAUCCGAUUUUCCUGAAUGCUGGGGAUAAUUUCCAGGGAAGUACCUGGUACACUUUGUUGAGAUGGAAUGUGACGAGCUACUUCUUGAACUUGCUUCCGGCAGAUGCGAUUGCCUUGGGAAACCACGAAUUUGAUCACGGAAUAGCUGGGUUGGUUCCAUUUUUGGAAAAUAUCAAAAGUCCGGUUUUGGCGGUGAACAUCGACGACAGUGAGGAGCCCGGUAUCAGAGGAAAGUAUCUUAAAUCAAAGGUUUUGGAGCGAGACGAGAGAAAAAUUGGAGUCAUAGGAGUUAUCCAUCACCUGACGAAUACGCUUAGCAUGACAGAGCGAUUGAAAUUUUUGGAUGAAGUCGAAACGAUCAACGCUGAGGCGGCUCGGUUGAAGGCCGAGGGUGUAAAUAUAAUUGUUGUUCUUUCGCACUGUGGUAUUACGAUUGAUAAGAAAAUCGCCGCUCAGUGUCCGGAUGUUGAUAUUAUUGUCGGGGGACAUUCGCAUACAUUCUUGUACACGGGAUCUACCGAAGGCUUACCGGAUGUUGCAGAAGAUACCUAUCCAGUGGUAGUCGAGCAAUCCAGCGGAAGAAGGGUCAUAGUAGUCCAGGCUUCCUGUUUCACCAAAUACGUUGGACGGUUGACGGCCUACUUUGAUGACGAAGGAAAACUAAUGGAAUGGGAAGGUAAUCCGGUUUACUUGGAUGAUUCAAUCGAACAGGAUACCACAAUCAUGCGGGAGUUGAUUCCAUGGCGCGAGGAAGUUGAUCAGCAAGCCAAAGGUUCUGUCGGUUCAUCGAGGGUGAUUCUUUCAAAGCCCGAAUGUCGCCUAGGAGAAUGUAACUUAGGAAGUCUUAUCGCGGACGCAUUCGUCGAUUUCUUCACCAACAGAGCCGAAAGCGCGGACGUGUGGACUUUUGCAGCCAUUGGAAUCACAAACGAUGGCGGUAUGAGAACAUCCAUCAAUCGAGGACCUCUCACAUUUGACGAUUUGGUCACCUGUGUACCGUACGAGAACACUGUUGACACUUUCGACCUCAAGGGACAGUACCUUCUGGAAGCACUCGAAUACAGUGCUAGUCGGUACAACACAGCGGACUUUCUACAAUUUUCGGGCCUCCGAGUUACCUUCAACAUCACUCAGCCACCAGGUAGACGAGUAGCUUCCGUAGAUGUGCGCUGUCGUGAGUGCCGAGUGCCAACGUAUGAGCCGCUGGAUUCAAACAAAACAUAUCGAUUAGCGGUAGCCGCCUGGAUCGGUAACGGGGGCAAUGGUUACACGAUGUUUGCCGAACAUCGGACCAAUUUUGCAGUAGGUCCGCUGGAUAUUGUCGUUCUGGAGCAGUACGUAACCCGAAUGAGCCCAAUCCUACAGGGUACGGACGGUCGAAUUCGGAUUGUUAAGUAGGUAGUUCUACUCAUAUGUAGAAAACAGUCUGACUUUUAACGAACAAUAGCAUUAUAUUUAGGGAAGAUUGAUGAUCAAUUUUUUAUA